AUGUAUAAUCACCCUGACAACAAAUUCACUCUAGGUGAGGAAGCACCAGCAUCUACAGCUUCCUCUCUGCCCCAAAAUUCACCAGACAACGAGCCCAUAUCUGCCUCUUGGUCCUCCGAUGAAGACGACCUCAAUACUUCACCCAUCCUGAAACAUGACUUCUCUUCCAGCCCCAACGAUAACGACGACUCCCUAGCAUCCUCUCCACCACCUUUCCUCUCCUCCUCUAGCCCAAGCUCAAGCCAGAAGAAGGAACAUGUACCUUCUGGAUUGCCUCCGAAAAACCCCUUCUCUUCCGCUUAUAGUGCACCACCACCUCGCUCAGCAAAGGAUAUCAAAUCUUUGCCUUCGCCAGCGGCCACUCCUACUCCUCCGCCUCGCUCAGGGAGAAGCUCGGAGCUGACAUCUGCACGCAUCGCCGCGUACGAAGCACGUACCGCAGAAGCAGCCGCAAGAGCCACCGCAGGAACCAUAGUCGCCAACCUAGAAUCGCAAUCACCGCCCCUCGAUGAAGCUGCAGAACUAUCCUCUGCUUCACAGCCACCUGAUAGUUUUUAUAAAGAUGCAACCCAGCAGUCCCAUGUAUCGCUGUCUGACCCCGUCAACAAGCUAGACGAGUCAAAGAAGCCACGUACCGCUCGUCAUGCGUCCCUCUCCGCACGACCUACCACCAAGCCCAACCAACCGACCCUGGAGGGAGAGAAUGACAAAGGGUCGUCAUCUGUUUCUUCCCAGGUAUCUUCGUUUGCAGACUUUUACGUUCCUGCGACAGAUGAAUUUUCGGAAUUGUCGGACGAUAGGGCGCUGGAGCCGGAUUGCCCACAGCAGAACCGGGUAUCAUCUGGACCCAGUGCAAGACGAAGCGGGAUAAUAUUAAGCAAAUUGGAGGAGGAGGCCAUUCGAGGAAGGGAUAAUGAUCUCGCCAUAGCAGAUGAUGACGAAGAAGAAGAAUGGUGGGAGAUGGAAGAUGAGGACGAAAGAAAACCCCGUCUGCGAUCGCUAUCCCACUUCCAGAUCGGAGGUGAGAAUGACAUGACUGCGUUUCCUGUUGGUGCAUUGAGUAGCGGCGAGGGCCAUUCGACAAUUCUAGACUCUAGGUUUUCUUUCGUGUCCGAUGCACCCUCGGUCCUUGACUUAUCUGAUGUGCAGUGGGAGGAGGAUUCGAGGUUGUACUGGGAGGGUGCGUGUGCUGAGUUGAACGAAGUGGCCGACUCGGUUUUGGCCGCUAACGAGGAUGAUCCAAGGUUCGCUCGCAUCAAUCCUUAUUUCUCUAGGUCGGCGGUACCACCCAAAGGCGAACGCAGCGAGCCGGCCGAAUUCUCCGAUCAGAAGCCUAGUCGAGAGGAUGUUCUGCAGGUCUUCCUCUCCGGCUACCCCAAGUACGAAGUAUCCAAUGUCUUCCACGAAUCGAUUGGUCGAACCAAGGACUUGAACGAAGAAGCCGAUCGGCGCGCGAGGUGUAUCGAUGAUCCUGAUGCCGAACCAAGUCUACCCACCUGUCCCGUGUAUGAGAAUCUGAAGUUACCGCUGCAUGAACGAUUGAGCAACAUGUUGCCCUCACCGAGUAAUUUCACCCCUCCGUUACGACCAGACCCGUUCGCCGUCUGGAUUUAUGAGUACCGACCAAAAUACCACAGUCUUCAGGUGAUUAAAACGGCCAGUACAACCCCAGGUCUCGAACUCAAGGAUGAAUCACUCAAAGCUCGAGCUGAGCAGUACCGCAAGAAUAGAGAGCUACUUCAGGGGGCGCUAAAGGAAGUAUGUAUCCUAAAGUCGGUACCAGAAACUGCGCAUGCACUCGAGUGUCCGCAUUGUCAUAGCGUGGGGGCGUCCGGAAGCAUACCUGACGGGCCUCGCUACCAAGCUGACGUCGACGCAUUACAGUCCUUGAUCUUGGAACAGCACGAGCUGAGACGAAACCUUGAGCGCCUCGAGGCUACGAAGCGUGGCGUGCAAGGUUCGAUCUCAACACUGAGUAUAUUCCCAAGUCGCCAUCGUUUUGGGAACGCGAAGCGGAGGCUGGCGCUGGCGGGGCAAAGAGAAAGGGAGGUAUCGGAGAGAAGGAGGGAGGCGCUGGAGUAUAGAGAGUCGCGAGAGAGAAUAUCGGCCGCGGAGUUGUGCCCGCUUGAUCAGGAGCUGGACCAGGCCCUGAACGCCCUCGAUUCGAUUGCGGAGCCUUUCUUUGAUUCUUCUCGUACCAGCAUUGCGACGGCGAACUUGGCCACCAGAGAGUGUUUCCCAUUUGUCAACCAGGCGGGGCCGCGCCGCGCCGCUACUCGGAAAUCUUCCUCUGAAUACAGCGACCGUCCCGCGAAAUUGAAGGAUGAAGUUGCCUCACCGCAAUCCGUGCCGGAGAAACCGGACAUGGUGGAUAUUGGAAACGUUCCAAAGCAUCCUCAUCCUCCCGGUGCCCAGGAUCGUGCCGCUGCUUAUCGAAUCAUGAAAAGUGUUCAGACAUACCACAACAGUGGACGAAAGAGCCAGGCAUCGGUACGCAGUGGGUCCGUAGACGGCGAUUCGGCUCGUGUCGGGAGAACCAAAGAACUUAGGAUACAAGAGGAAGUUGUUGUCACAAGUCCGUCUCGCUACGAGGUGCGAUAUCCCAAACGUCAGAACAUUGUCCAGUAG